AAGUAGGAGGUGGCGGGGAACCUGCGAUUCUGGGGGGCAGGCUGGAGGCUUUCAGGGCCCCCGGGCUGGAGCGGAGCGGCGACUCAGGAUGUCCUGCGCUCCGUCUGGGGCCAGCUUGGGUGCAGGAAGAGCCGAGCCCUCGAAGCCACCCAGCAGGCCUGCGGGAUCGAGGCUCUCCCGUCGGGCGGAGCCCGCGGGCGCUGGCAGAAGUUGCGUGCGGUGCCUUAGUCGUCGGCCGCCUCGGACGAGGGGUGAAAUGGGGCAUUUGAGUCCGUACCCUAUAGUUAUUUUACGUAUUUUGUUGGCCCUGUGGGGUUCCAGCGUGCCUCCAGGGGACAGUGCAGUGGACAGUCUUCGGUCGCUUCUUCGCUUCCUCUGUUUUCUUGUCCCCGGGACCCUCCCUGCUACCUCUGCACUUAGUGUCGUGCGACAUCACGUUUUCUAAAACAGCGCCAUCUCCUAAGCCUCUGGCCCUUGGCGACUUUGGGUAGAAGUUCCAGCUUCCUGGAACUGGCUCUCUUUCCCACGGAGAGACUCGUAAAUAUAGAAACAGACGAAUCAACAGCUAGCGGGAGGUCGAAGGAAUGUGUGCUUCCCACGGAGAGGCGAGUUCUCCAGCGAGCCCUCCUAGAAGUGAACCGGGGGCUAGGUUUCAAGUCCGUUGUAGCCUACUGUUAGCCUCUGGUGGUUGCUGUGGAUCAGGCUUAGGAACCCCGGACACGAAAAAGCAGACUGCAGCCUUGCUGUGUGCAGCCCACGAGUCAGGCGUGGACCCAGCCUGGGGUUCCGAGAGGCCCCAGCGCCGCAGCAGCCGGCCCGCGAGUGGUGCUGCCUGAGGAGUUGCAAAGCAGGGUCCCCGUGGAAUGUUUGCCACAACUGCUCCUGGGUAGCUGCCCGGACAGACCGGUUAGAGACUGCUGACGUCAGCCGUGGAAGGACUUGUGUGUUCGGCCUCUGGUCCCUCUAUUUUGUCUCCCGCUCCCUGUGGGCUAGAGUCAGAGACCAGGUUGAGGGGUGAAAGGGGAAGAGAUGGCCCUGGACCUGGGCUGGGGUGAGGAGGGAAGAGCAGCAGUGAUGCGGUCACACCCAGAGCCUGGGAGGCCCUCAAUGCCAAGUGUGCAGAGUGGGCAGCUGAGGAUCGAGUGGCCUCAGAAUAUAGAUACAAGUGCAGGGAGGCCAUCAGGAGUGGCUCCUUGGUAGGAAGUAGUUUUAAAUAUUGCCUUAUUUAUUUGAAAGGAAAAGAAUGAAUGAUCUCCUUUCCACUGGCUCACUUCUCAAAUGGCUACAACAGCUGGGGCUGGGCCAGGCAAAGGCAGGAGCCUUGGAACUCCAUCUGGGUAUCCUGCAGGGGUGGCAGGGGCCCAAGCACGUGGACCAUCUUCCGCUGCCCUCCCGGGCACAUUAGCAGGGAGCUGGAUGGGCAGUGGAGUGGCCAGAACUCAAACCAGCACUCCCAGGUGGGAUGCCAGCAUUGCAAGUGGUGGCUUAACUGGCUGCCCCGCAGCGCUGACCCCAGAAAGUACUUUGCAGGGAGACUGAAAACAAAGGCACGGAUAAGGCUGAAUAGAUACUUGCUGAGUAUCAGUUGAGAGCUGGGACCUUGGAGUUCUGAAGGGAAAUUGGAUAGGUGCUGGCCCCUGCUGUACUCAGCGCAGCCACUGACUGGGGUGGGGGGGGAAUCUGUGAUGGGCUCAGCCUUCACCCACCGUGAGAAUUAGCCGAGGAAGUGAGUUUGGCAUCCUAGGGCCUAGCAGUUAAGACAGCUGUGCUCCACAUAGGGGUGCCUCUGGUUUGCUUCCCACUUCUGGCUUUUGCUAAAGCACAUCCUGGGAUGGUCGGAAUAAGUAGGUUCCUGCCCCCCAGGAGAGAGACCUGGACUGUGCUCCUGCUUCUGCCCUGGCCCGGCCCCGGCCGUUGUGGGCAUCUGGGGAGUGAACCCGCAGAUGGGAGCUCCGGCUCGCCAUCUCUAAAUAAAUAAAUAAAUAAAUAAAUAAAUACAGUACGGACGCCUCCCACGGGACCGCCUUGUUUGUGGGGUGGAGCUGCAGUGUUGUGGAGGAGCCACUUUAUCAAAGGGAUUUUAAAAAAUGAAGACAGCUGUGUGAUUAAAAAGUUUAUUUUCAUCUACUUGAAGGGCAGAGCAACAGAGAGAGGGUGAGAGAGAGAGAUCCUGCAUCCCCUGGCUUACCCCCCAGAUGCCCACAGCAGCCACUCCCCAAAGGGCUGGGCCAGGCCGAAGCCCGGAGCCUAGCACGGCGUUGUGUCCUGGUCUCCCACGUGGGUGGCGUCCCCUCCGGCCGUCCUCGGCUGCCUCCUAGGAUGCACGCGAGCAGGAGACUGCGUUGAUCCAAGGUGAAGAGACGGGACCGGAGCUGGCCGCGGGACACGCAGGCUGAGCCGGGAUGCCUGCCCUCGAGAGGACGGGCCGGACUGCACCCUGAAGCAUGGGCCAUAGCAGAGAGUUGGAUCAGAAGUGGAGCAGCUGGACUCAAACUAGCGCCCCUGUGGGAUGCCGGUGCCACAGGUGAUGGCUUAACCCACUGCGCCACAGCGCCGGUCCCUAGGAAGGUCCUGAAGUGCGAGUGGAGUGGUCAGCAUUAGCGAGUGGAUGUUGUAUCCUGAGUUGUUCACGGGGAGCCUGCGUCUCCGGCCGUGGUCGCACAGCUGCUCAGAGUCUGUUCUGCGCCUGUUAACCCUGCUCAGCACUCAGGGCGCGUGGAGGUGGGAGAGAGGGCAGGCCGGCUCGUCACAGCGUCCGACGCGGGGCAGUGGAAGACCCACAGCAUCACCUGGCCUGGUCCUGCUGAGGCAGCCGCAGGCUGGGCUUGACAUGCUGUUAAGUCUAGAGCAGGCUGGCUUCCAAGUAGAGAAUUUCGCGUGGCCCGUGGGUGGUGUUAUAAAGAUCCAAAUGGCCCCUGGAAGAAAGGCGGGUCCCUGCCCCUGGUCUACGGUAAGAUGGCGUGCGUGGUGUGAGUAUAGCCUGUGUCUGUUUGGGUUUACAUCCCAGCUUUCUGCUCGCUGCCUGUGACACCCUGGGCAAGUUGCUUGAUCUCGCUGAGCCUCGGCCCCCUCCCCCGUCACGAGGGAGCGAUUACGCCCACCUCCCAGGGUUGUUAGGGGGCUCAAUGAGCUGUACCUGGUGUCGAGCAAUUGCCCGCCACCUGGAAGCGAUUGUCAUAGCCCUCCCCGGUCCCCGGGCUGUGGCUGUGCACCUGCGUCCCGUUCUGCAGCCCAGUGGUCCCCAGGACGCAUACGGCUGGGUUUGCUUCAUUACGAGUGACGGUACAGGUGCCGAAAGGCGGCUUGAAAACCUACGUUGUUCCUACGGUGGCCCGGGAACAAGGCUCGGACCUGUGCCUGCUGCAGAGGAGGCGUGGUUUAUUCUCACCAGGUGGCAGAAGAAGAGGAAGAAGGCAGUGGGGAGGGGCGGGGUCUUCGUUACCUAGGCCCGAGAUGCGCUCAGACCUUUGUGGGGGUUGGUGAUGACUAACAUGCCCUCUUGGGCUCCGUCCUGAGCCUGGGGAUAGCAGAGGGGGCAUGGCCAGCACAGAGAGACCCCCAACACCACUGCACACACUUCGGGGCUGAGAGCUAAUGGGGCCCCUGUCCAUCUCUUUUCCAGGUGACAGCAGCAUGGCUGUGCCCCAGAUCACCCCACUUGGCUCCCUCCAGGAGCCUGCAGGUGCCCCGAUGCAGUCCCAGCCCUGCCCUCGGAGCUUGGCUGAGGGCUUCCUGGAGGAGGAGCUUCGGCUCAAUGCUGAGCUGAGCCAGCUGCAGUUUUCGGAGCCCGUGGGCAUCAUCUACAAUCCCGUGGAGUACGCGUGGGAGCCACAUCGGAGCUAUGUGACUCGCUACUGCCAGGGCCCCAAGGAAGUGCUCUUCCUGGGCAUGAACCCGGGGCCUUUUGGCAUGGCCCAGACUGGGGUACCCUUCGGGGAAGUGAGCGUGGUCCGGGACUGGCUGGGCGUUGGGGGGCCUGUGCUGAGCCCGCCCCAGGAGCACCCUAAGCGCCCCGUGCUGGGACUGGAGUGCCCGCAGUCAGAGGUGAGCGGCGCCCGGUUCUGGGGUUUUUUCCGGAACCUCUGCGGACAGCCCGAGGUCUUCUUCCGUCACUGUUUCGUCCACAACCUGUGCCCCCUGCUCUUCCUGGCUCCCAGCGGGCGCAACCUCACCCCCGCCGAGCUGCCCGCCAAGCAGCGCGAACAGCUUCUCGGCAUCUGCGACGGGGCCCUCUGCCGGCAGGUGCAGCUGCUGGGGGUGCGGCUGGUGGUGGGGGUGGGGCGGCUGGCGGAGCAGCGGGCGCGCCGGGCCCUGGCCGGCCUGACGCCAGAGGUCCAGGUGGAGGGGCUCCUGCACCCCUCUCCCCGUAACCCGCAGGCCAACAAGGGCUGGGAGGCAGUGGCCAGGGAGAGGCUCAGGGAGUUGGGGCUGCUGCCACUGCUGAGUGCGUGAGUGCCCUCGGGGCCUGGCGUGGGAUGCGUUCGAGGUCCCCGGGUGGCUUUUGUACCCGCAGGAGGCUGGCUGCACUUGGGCCCGGAGCGGCACAGUCUUCUGCACUUCCUGUUGCCCGCACACGGGUCCCUUGGACUCUUGAACCGCUGCUGCCGUGCGGCGGGCGUUUCGACACUACACUCUCCACGUGCCCGAUUCACUUCCCGUGAGCGCUGCCUCUGUCUCUGGCCUCGCCCCUCGCAGGGAGCCCGCCCGCUCUGCGUGGCGCCUGCAGACUACCUCCUCGUUGCCUGGGCGUCCUCUGCCAGCGGUGACGCCCAAGGUGGCAUUUGCUCCCUCCUCACCAGGACAGGACAAGGCACGGGAUGCUGAGGGCCUGGGUUGGAGGGAGAAUUCAUCGUGGGGACAGGGUGGGAAAGUCAGAAGACUUGGGGUUCCCUCCCAGCUUUGGGACCUCGGGAACUUGAUCACGGACAAAUGGAUGAAACUCUGCACGCCUCAGGAGCCUCGCCCGUAAUGGAGGGGAUGCUGCCUCCUGGGCGGGCCUGAGGCUUAACCUGGCACAGGCUGGCACGCGGCGGGGGGCGGGGGGCUCGCUGCCCUGCACCCCCUGAGAAGCCCCUGUCCGCCCCCAAGACCCUGGGUGAGGGCCAGGGGCUCGCUCUGCCAGACGGGGCCCAGUGAGUUGAUGACAUCUCAGCCUGUGAUACUUCUUCGAAGCAUUAAAAGCUCCUAAACUC